UUUUUUCAAUAGACUAGACCUAGACUAGGCCUAGACAUCUAGAUCUAGAAUAGACUAAUUUCUGAUUUUGUAUUGUGAGUAACAAAGAGUACAGCAAGUAGAGAGAGUAUAAAGUGACAAAAAAGCACCUCAAAGGAUAUGAACUAUGUAUAAGACAAUUCAGAGACAUUUACAUGUACAUUUGUAUAUGUAAUCAUGCCGGAUGUAUUGAGAUUGGAAUGGAAUAUUACAAUUCUCAGGAGAGAUUAAUUAAUUGAAUUAGACUAUUGUUAUGGAAACAAUCCUGCAAAUAAAUGAUGGCGACUGAUAGAGAUAAUGAUACCAUCGAUCCAGUAUCUGAAGUUAGACACCAGGGAGACGGUGAAAGCUCUAGGGAAUAUAUAAUUGUGGAGAGUCGAUCUGAUCCAUACAGAGUGAAGCCUUUCUCGGUCAAUAUGGAGGUUGAUCUUAUGCAAUUGAAUCUUUUCAUCGUUGCUUUGGUGUCAAGAUUCUGGAUGAUAGAGCAUCCUAAAGCAGUAGUGUUUGAUGAACUACAUUUUAAUCGUUUUGCUGGGAUGUAUAUGAACAGAGUAUUUUUCUUUGAUGUCCAUCCUCCACUUGGCAAAUUGCUUAUUGCUGGCUGCGCUUAUCUAGCAGGUUUUGAUGGACUCUUUAAGUUUGAGAAAAUAGGACAAGAGUAUAUGUCAAAUGUCCCAAUCUGGCACUUGAGAGCUCUUCCUGCAAUGUUAGGCAGUCUAACUGUCCCAGUGACAUACCAGAUCAUAGUAGAGAUGGGCCUCUCCAGAUAUGCAGCAUCUUUGGCUGCCUUCCUCAUCAUAUUUGACAAUGCCAUGCUUACUCAGUCAAGAUUUGUCCUCAUGGAAGGAAUCCUUGUAUUCUUCAUAUCAAUCUCCAUACUCUGUCUCUUGAAGUUCAGGAAACAGAAUCAAAGAGAACUCAGAAUCUCAUCUAUGACUUGGCUCGCCUUAUUAGGAAUCUCUAUAGCUGCCACAAUGAGUGUGAAGUAUAUUGGAGUAUUCACUGGACUUCUGGCUCUUGGUGUUGUGCUUAGAGAUAACUGGAGCCUGGUGUCUGACAAGUCACUCACUGAGAAAGAUCUGCUGAAGCUGUGUAGUGCAAGAGCUGCAUGCUUAAUAAUGCUACCAUGUCUUCUGUAUAUGACUGUAUUUGGCCUCCAUCUUGGGAUUCUAACGAAGGCAGGCCCACAUGACGAUAUUAUGACAAGUGCAUUUCAAGCUAGUUUAGAGGGAGGACUAGCAGCCAUUACAAAGGGACAGCCCCUAGAGAUCUCCUAUGGUUCCCAAGUGACCCUACGCAGUACCCACGGGAAGCCAUGUUGGAUUCAUUCCCACAACCAUGUCUAUCCAGUUCGCUACUCUGACAAUAGGGGGAGCAGUCAUCAACAACAAGUGACAUGUUACACUUUUAAAGAUGUCAAUAACUGGUGGAUUGUAAAGCAUCCAAGCAGGAACUCACUGGUAGUGGAUGAGCCAAGGGAACCUGUACAAGAUGGAGACAUUGUACAGUUAGUUCAUGGCAUGUCCAGUAGGGGCCUAAAUAGUCAUGAUGUGGCAGCACCUUUGACUCCCCAGUGUCAAGAGGUUAGCUGCUAUAUAGACUACAACAUAUCUACCCCUGCACAGAAUCUCUGGAGAGUUGAGAUUGUUAAUGCAAACACUGAAGGAGAGGUGUGGCAUACAAUCAAGUCACAUGUUAGGCUUAUACAUGUCAAUACAACAGCUGCACUCAAGUUAACUGGUCGUCAGCUGCCAGAAUGGGGCUUCAACCAGUAUGAGGUAGCUGCAGAUAGGGACACUCACCAGGACCUCACUAUCUGGAAUGUAGAGGAGCAUAGAUAUACAAGAUCACCUGAUGAGGAGGGAGGCACUACAGAAAUGACACAAGCAGAAAUGAUACCCUUACAUCCAACGCAGCUUUCUUUCUGGCAGAAGUUUUUGGAGUUACAGGUUAAGAUGUUAACAUCCCAGCUCGAUGCCCCUCAGGAUCACAAGUACAGCUCAGAACCUACAGAAUGGCCUCUCAUGGACUACAAUGUUGCAUACUGGUUGGAUAAAGAUUCUAAUGCCCAGAUUCAUCUGAUAGGCAACCCAGUUAUCUGGUUUAGUUGUGUUCUUGGAGUGUUUUUCUAUUUGGGCCUUAUUGUUUUCUAUAUGCUCAGAAGACAGCGCUUGUGUUUUGAUGUGCCAGAGGGUGAAUGGCAGAGAUUCUUAUUCACUGGUGUAGUGUUUCUAAGUGGCUACUUUUUCAACUACCUUCCAUACUGUCUAAUGGACACAAAAUUAUUCCUGCACAACUAUUUACCUGCAGUGUAUUUCAAGAUCCUCUCUACAGUAGCAGUGCUGGACCAUCUCUAUCACAUAGCCAGGUAAAGGUUCAUUUCCAAAAAUACACUCCUCGCGGAAGUUCUGAUCAUAUGGAUUGUAAAUGGCAAUUGGGAAAAUGCAUCAUUAGUUUUUAUACAACUGGUUAAAACAUAUACUAAAAGGACUAUUGAUAUUAUGGUGCGUGCACAUUCUCUGGACGUUUCUACUAUUGAGUGUGUUCUCUUAUGGACUUGGCCCUCUUAGUGCAGAAGAUAUACGAUAUAGAACACUGAAGGAAUCAUGGGAUUUUAUUGUACAUAAAUAAGUUAUUGUCACAUAGAGACAGUGUGGUGUAAGGAGUAAGACGAUGUUAUCACCAUGGUGAAUGAGAGAAACUUUUAAAAAAAAAAGAUAUUUGCCUUAUUUGAGCUUCAACACUAACUUUAUUUAAUUUUAAUGCAAUUGUAAAUUGUAGAAAAAGUAUUUUAAAUACCUUUUUCAGAGAGAUGUCUUUUUAUACCUAGAAAAUUAUGGGGUGCAUAAUAAUAUAUUUAUAAAUAUUAAACUAGAUUUGUGGGAUCUUUAUAUUUGCAUAUGUUUAUACACAUAAAAAGUUGUAAUAAAUAUGCUAUGAAGAUGGGAUGCCUGCUUGGAUGGAUUUUGUUAAUGACUGGAUUGUGGACCAUUGUGA